UCUCUCUCUCUCUCUCUCUCUCUCUCUCUCUCUCUCUCUUUUUGGGUACCUUAAAAGCCCGUUAUAUAUCCCUUUUCUUUCGCACACGCCACAUUUGUUUUUUCAUUUAACUUUCUAUAUCGAAAACCCCCCAUCAUAUCGUUCGAUUGUUUUUUUCCGAUCGACCCACAUCUGUUUGUGACGAAAAACAGAGUCUUUUGGGGGAGAUAAUAAUAAUAAUGGCGAAUGGAGAGAGUGGGGUAGUGGCAGCAAUCUUCAGUGAGGAUGAGCUGAGUGAGGUGAGUGGCGUGAAGCGAGUUGGUGACUAUGUUGAAAUCACGUGCGGUUGUACUAGCCACAGGUAUGGUGAUGCUGUUGGAAGGCUUAGGGUUUUCGUUAAUGGCUACCUUGAAAUCACUUGUGAAUGCACCCCUGGUUGCCAAGAAGACAAGUUGAGUCCUUCUGCAUUUGAGAAACACUCUGGAAGAGAAACAGCUCGAAAGUGGAAGAACAACAUAUGGGUAAUAGUGAAGGGUGAGAAGGUUCCAUUGUUCAAAACAGUGCUACUCAAAUACUACAACCAAGUUUCAAAAGCUGCUGCUCUUAAAUCCCAAAGUGGAAGGUCACACCGUGAUGAGUUUGUUAGGUGACAGUGGAAAUGUUCUGAUCUCCAAUAUGACAAAAUUACAUGUGAUGAUGAAGAAGAACGAGGGAGCCGCAGAGUAUACAGGGGAUGCACUCGCUCUCCGACAUGCAAAGGUUGCACCUCCUGUGUCUGCUUCGGCUGCAGUAUCUGCCGCUUUUCAGAUUGCAGCUGCCAGACUUGUACUGACUUCACAAGCAAUGUCAAAGUUUGAUAUUCAUCCAUCUUCUUCAUAUAGGCUUGUUUAUGCCUAUAUCAAUAUUUUUAAUUUUCUAAUUGGACUCAACUUCCAGUCUGAAUUCAUCAAUCAUUGUUCUCAUUGACUGGAUCAUAAAAUUACAAUGUUAGUGAUUCUGAUUC